UCGAAUGGAUCCUCUUUCAAUGGGUGUAGCACAAAUAGAAAACGUUGGCAAAGUCAAACAUCAUAAUCUUUGUUUUUCAAAAAGUCGCGUUUUGUAUAGCAUUGCCAGCAACCCAGCGUCUGGGAUCUGCCAUUCUAACCAUGUCUGACUGAAGUUUUUGAGAAACGAUAAAUACCAAGUACUGGCUGCCGCUCUUUGUGCCUGCACGUUUUUAAAUGCUACACACUCGCCAAUAAUACGUCUUGCGAACGGUUUACAUAUUCGCCUGAAACUUUUCUAACUCUGAAUAUUAUAAGUAAUAGAGAGGAGAAGAGGAGACUUUUUGUAUGUUGUUCAGCACUAUAAUACACUCAACGGAUUGCCAAGAAGCAAGGAUGCCUGUGAGAAAAAAAGACACAGCUCGGGCCUUAGGGCUUCUGGAAGACUACUGUUCCAAACUGCGGAGACCAGAGGAACAACAGCUAAAAACUGCCAUUCUGAGAGUGAUGGGCAUCUUCAAGAGCAGCCUGUUCCAAGCGUUGCUAGAUAUCCAGGAAUUCUAUGAAGUGACACUGCUGAACACCCAGAAAAGCUGUGAGCAGAAGCUGGAGGAGGUCAACCACAUGGCAGACAAGUGGGAGCGGACGGGCUCGCCGACCGUGGUCCUGCAGCACCCCUGCCCUGGAGAGGAGUCUAGAGACCUGAGCAGCUCGGAGCAGAACGGACAGGAGCAGGGAGAGAGCAGCACCACGCAGUACCGGUACCAGGAUGAGGAUUCGCCCCCGCAGGAUCACGGCUUCCCCCGCCUGACCAACGAGGUGCGGGCGCCGGAGCUGGUGCACGUGUCGGAGAAGAACCUGUCGGAAAUCGAGAACGUCCACGGCUACGUGUCCCACUCCCACAUCUCCCCCCUCAAGGCGAGUCCUGCCCCAAUAAUAGUCAACACGGAGACCCUGGAGACCGUGCCCUACGUCAACGGGACUGAAAUCGAAUAUGAAUUUGAGGAGAUCACGUUAGAACGGGGGAACUCUGGGUUGGGGUUCAGCAUUGCUGGAGGGACGGACAACCCCCACAUCGGAGACGACCCCGGGAUUUUCAUCACCAAGAUCAUCCCGGGCGGCGCGGCGGCCGAGGAUGGCCGGCUCAGAGUGAACGACUGCAUCCUGAGGGUGAAUGACGCUGACGUCUCCGAGGUGUCCCACAGCAAGGCCGUGGAGGCCCUGAAGGUGGCCGGCUCCAUCGUGCGGCUCUACGUGAGGCGGAGGAGACCCAUGCUGGAGACGGUCAUCGAAAUCAAACUCAUCAAAGGACCAAAAGGACUUGGGUUCAGCAUCGCGGGUGGGGUGGGGAACCAGCACAUCCCUGGGGACAACAGCAUCUACGUCACCAAGAUCAUCGAGGGCGGCGCGGCGCAGAAGGACGGCCGGCUGCAGGUCGGAGACCGGCUGCUCAUGGUAAACAACUACACCCUGGAAGAGGUCAGUCACGAGGAAGCCGUAGCCAUUCUGAAGAACACGUCUGAUGUAGUGUACCUGAAGGUGGGGAAGCCCACCAGCGUUUACCUAUCGGAUCCCUAUGGGCCUCCUGAUAUCACACACUCCUUCUCCCCAGCCAUGGAAAAUCAUAUCUCUCCCCCUGGCAACAACGACACCCUGGAGUACAAGUCCAGUAUUCCUCCCAUCUCCCCGGGAAGGUACUCCCCCAUCCCAAAACACUUGCUCGGGGAGGAGGACGUUAACAGAAAUGCCUCAUUAGAUGACGGGGAGAGUCACAGGUUUGAUUCCCAGCACUUCCAGUUGAGGCCUCCAGAGCCAGUUUACAGCACUGUGAACAAACUGUGUGACCGCGCACCUUCCCCCCGACACUACUCCCCCCUGGAGUGCGACAAAAGCCUCCUCCACUCCGUACCCUUCCCUCACUAUCACGUAGGCCUGCUCCCCGACACGGAGAUCACCAGGGAGCCCCGCAAGAUCGUGCUGCACAAGGGCUCCACGGGCCUGGGCUUCAACAUCGUGGGCGGUGAGGACGGCGAGGGCAUCUUCGUUUCCUUCAUCCUGGCGGGAGGACCGGCGGACCUCAGCGGGGAACUGCGGAGAGGAGACCAGAUACUGUCUGUCAACGGCAUCGACCUGCGAGGCGCCACCCACGAGCAAGCGGCCGCGGCGCUGAAAGGGGCGGGCCAGACCGUUACCAUCAUCGCACAGUAUCGGCCGGAGGAGCUUGCUUUGUGCUCCCCGCGACGGGCCCCGCCUCCAGCACCAGAGUACGGCCGCUUCGAGGCUAAGAUCCAUGACCUGCGGGAGCAGAUGAUGAAUCACAGCAUGAGCUCCGGAUCCGGCUCCCUCAGAACCAACCAGAAGCGCUCGCUCUAUGUCAGGGCCCUGUUCGACUAUGAGAAGGCCAAGGACAGCGGCCUGCCCAGCCAAGGCCUCAGCUUCAGGUACGGGGACAUCCUCCAUGUCAUCAAUGCCUCGGACGACGAGUGGUGGCAGGCCCGGAGGGUGACACCUGAUGGAGACAGCGAGGAGAUGGGCGUCAUCCCCAGCAAAAGGAGGGUGGAGAGAAAAGAACGGGCGAGGCUAAAGACUGUGAAGUUCAAUGCCAAACCAGGAACGCUCGAUUCUAAAGGGUCAUUCAAUGACAAGCGUAAAAAGAACUUCAUCUUUUCACGAAAAUUCCCAUUCUACAAGAACAAGGAGCCGGGUGAGCCGGAGUGCAGCGACUCUGAACGGAGUCAAGAGGAUAUGAUUCUCUCCUAUGAGCCAGUUAUCCGCCAAGAGAUCAGCUACGCCAGACCAGUCAUUAUCCUGGGACCAAUGAAGGACAGAAUCAAUGAUGAUCUCAUAUCAGAGUUCCCAGACAAGUUCGGAUCAUGUGUGCCACACACUACGAGGCCAAAGCGGGACUACGAGGUGGAUGGGCGGGACUAUCACUUUGUCACCUCCAGGGAGCAGAUGGAGAAAGACAUCCAAGAGCACAAGUUCAUCGAGGCGGGCCAGUACAAUGAUAAUCUGUACGGAACCAGCGUCCAGUCCGUCAAAUACGUGGCCGAGCGGGGCAAACACUGCAUAUUGGACGUGUCUGGAAAUGCCAUUAAACGAUUACAAGUAGCACAACUCUACCCUAUUGCCAUCUUUAUAAAGCCUAGGUCCAUCGAGUCUUUAAUGGAAAUGAACAAGAGACUAACGGAGGAGCAGGCGAAGAAGACGUAUGAUCGGGCCAUGAAGCUGGAGCAGGAGUUCGGGGAGUACUUCACAGCUCUGGUGCAAGGAGACACGUUGGAGGACAUUUAUAACCACUGCAAGCUGGUCAUAGAGGAGCAGUCUGGACCCUACAUCUGGAUUCCCUCAAAAGAGAAAUUAUAAAGAGAACACAAACCCAGCCAGGGAUCUGAGACUGCAAACAUAGGAAUAAUUUGUAACAUAUUUAAAUUAUUAUGGCAAUGAUUAUUAUUAAUAAUUAUAAUGACUACCAUUAACUUUGUUUUUUUUUUUGUUGUUGCAUUUUUUUUCACUUUCAAUAUGAAUGUUCCUGAAUGUACACCACCAAGUGUUAGAAACUCUUUUUGGCCUCGAAAUAGAAUGGACCGUUUGUUUAUAUAUUUAUUGGUUAUUAUUUAAUUUUUUUUUUAAAAAAGGCGAAGGAAACAAAGUCCAUGUGGGAUGUGUGUCCUUGUCAAACAACGUGUGGGAACUCGGAAGGGAACAGCGGGCAAGAAGACGGAGCAGCUCUGGCACGCAUACGACCAUCCAACCAUCGCACCCAAUACACGCACGCGGAAAAAAUAUCAGCCUCCGUCACUGUCCGGCCGACAACUACCACUCAAAGUGUCCUCAAAAGCUCAUUUCACAUUAGUGGUUGAAACAGCUCCAGGCAGAAGUUGCCCAAUAAGUGCUGAUCUAGGAACUGAUUCCCUUAACCACAAUUCUGACCCAAACCAUUUUACGCUGAACAGCAAAACUGAUCUUAAGUCACCACUAAUGGACAGCCUCUGCCCAGAGCAUUGAAAUACGUAGUGACUUUCACAUCUAUGCACUCAUUUCACUGAUCACGUGAUUCAUUUUCUGUUAACUUCCCCUCCCUGAUUUAUUGUUUUUUCUGUGAUCCAUUUUAAUUGAAUAUGUUUUUAGCAGAAUUUAUAGUUUGCAAUUGUUCAUGUUUUUAGUGAAUCCUUUCUAAAAAAAAAAAGAUGAAAUGUAUGAGAUGCUUUAAAUUAGAGAGAAUAAUAAAGGGAUACAACUAGGUAUAGGAAAUUUGACACUAUAUUUUGCUAUUUAUAUUGAUAGAGGGCACAACAGCACAGAAAAUGUUUAUAAUGAAGAUAUAUAACUUUGUAAAAAAGAAAUUUUAAAAACCAACUGUACUUGUGUAACAUAGUGUGUUGUGGUAGAUUUAGUAUAGAUGGGGGUGUUGUGAGAACCCAAGUAUAGAUCUCCCAUCCUUUUCAGGGUUGGGAAAUGUUUCGUGGUGCACUGUGGUGACCAACACGUUUUUACCCUGAUCGGAAGCUCUGAAAAGAGCAACUUUGCUUCCCCACUAGAUACCCCAUGAACCAGGGGGUGCUUGCCCAAUCAGAACAUUUUUGGUGCACAUAAUGUUUUGUUGAGCAGGUUCUUCCAGCUGUCAGAGGAUUCUGGGAAUGGCACAGCUCCCUGAAUUCCAUGCCAGUGUCUCUGUGUCUCUGGUCUUUGCAAUAAGCUGAGAUUUUUUACCUCAAGCAGUGCUAUUCAAGCACGCUCGGGACUGAAGAAAGACAGUAGGAAGCGGUCAGCCUUUGAAGCUCGUACAUAAAGCCCGAUUUAAUGCCCUUGAAAUAUUAUGUAUAGUUGACAUGUGACAAAUAAUUUGUGAAGUUAUGUACUCACACAUAUUAUGUAUACUUAUUUAUUGCUUUGUAUAUAUAGAAAAAUAUAUAUGUAUGCAUUUGUUCUACUUUGAAUCCCUUGCCAUAUUUGGCUGCCAACCCACAGAUGUCAAAGCCAGGGUAGCUUGCAGGCCCAAAUUGCGUCACCAGAUAAACUCCGCUUAAAUGGUGGCGGUUCGUAUAUAUCUUCGUUUUCUCUAACAUAUUGUAACGGCUUUUCACAGCAUCCGUCUGUGGAUUGGCUCCUUUGACGUAUUGGUCACCACUUGCCUUAAAGAAGGAGAAGAGUUUCUGACAAUUACGUAAAUGUUUUGCUACUUUCUACAACUGAGAGUUUGGCCUCUUUGUAACCUCUUUGCACCUAGUGUUUACUGAAAUGACUAAAUACAACUUGCAGGUAAGAUGCAUUGGGCUAUUGUGGAGAAAGUGAGGGAAACGAACACAAACUGUGCAAAUUGCUCUUAGGACGGACAUUAAAUGCUCUGAAUUCCCAUGACGCCUCUUUUGAAAUGACAGCAGAGAGGCCCAAGAAAGUAGCAAUGAAAGGGCACUUUAAGUUGAAGGUCACCUUUUUGUCCAGGUAGAAUCAUAGGUGGAGACUAACCAUGUACUUCCACAAAUACUGACUUCCUUUUAACUAUAGCAUAUCAUUCUAAAAUCAAUUAUAUCUUUUGGGAAAAAAAAUAUUUUGUUUUACAUGCCCCCC